UCCUGAGCGAGUUUAUUUUGUGUGGGACCCGCCCUGAUGGCUUGAUGGCAAUGAUCCGUCUUUAUGGCAGAGCUGAAGGCGUUGGUGGAUGAGAUCAAUGCUGCUCUCAAGUCCGGCUCAAAGGAGGUCAACGACUUCGCGGUCCAGGAUGCGCGGACGCUGUUCGAAGCCAUCGACGUGGACGAAGCUGGGGCCUUGCGUUCGAAGGAGAUCAUCGAUGACUUGAAGCAGCUGGAUCUGAGUGCCGCGGAGCUGGUGCCCAAGUUGGUGUCAUCUAUCGAGCCCAACGCCGACGGGCUCAUCGAAAUGGCCGCCUUUGUCGCGGCCUUGGACCCCAAGAAGUACUCAGCCUCCGCCGCCGCAGCCUCCUCCGCUUCGCCUUCCCUGGCCAAGCAUCCACGCAAGGAGGAGAUGCGUGCCGUGGUGGUGGCCAUCAACAGCAAGCUGAAGCAAGGCGUCAAGCUGUCAGGCGUGAAGGUCAGCAAUGCCAAAAGUUUCUUCAACGCCAUGGACGUGGACAAGACGAAGUCCCUGACCUCUGCGGAGAUCUCCAAAGGUCUUCAGCGCCUGGGAUGCCCGGUG